AUGUCAUUGCUGAUCGCGAUGUGUCGAUCCUCAUUGACUUCGUCUGUUCAGUCUGAUCAAGAGCCUCUUCUCAAAGCCCUCCUCAAAGAAGUCGAGGACUGGCUCGAAAACAAUCCAUCUACAAAUGGCUCAAAGGGUUUUCCUGCUACGUUGGAUUGGCUUAUGACCAUUUAUUACAUCAUUCCCCUCAAUAAACGGGUCAAACUGAGCCUUCCCUCAUCGAACCCCCCAUCAUCUCCUCUACAACACCUCCAUAGCGGUCCUCAACCAGAUCCCUUCAUCGCAAAACAUUAG